AUGGCUUCUUGGCAUAUUGGUCAUCAUACUCCAAAUCUUAUUUUCCGUUAUGCAAUGGGAACCAUUUUAAUCCUCCAAGCAAUCCAUCAUGCAAAUCCACUAUCAUUCAAUUACCCCAACUUUAAAGAUGGUGAUGUCAAGAGGGAAGGUGAUGCUUAUAUUUUGAAAGAAGCUAUCCAAAUCUCCAUGAACACCAUUGACCAAAACAACAAUUACAGUGUUGGCCGAGUCACAUGUUACCGACAGAUGCUCCUCUGGGAUAUGAAAUCUCGAAAGCUUGCUGACUUCACUACCAAAUUUUCCUUUGUUAUUUUUUCUGAUCAGAGUUAUUAUGGAGAUGGAAUGGCAUUCUUCCUAGCAGAUCCAAAUUUGCCACUUCUGAUCAAAAUUGAAGAAGGAGGUGGUCUUGGCCUUGUGGAUGGCAACCAAGUAUUGAAGUCAACUCAACACUCAUUUGUAGCAGUGGAGUUUGACACCUUCUCAAAUCCAUGGGACCCUCAAGGCACUCAUGUAGGCUUGAAUUUCAACUCUAUGAGGUCUAACAUAACUAAGCCAUGGUUGACAGAUAUUCGAGAAAAGAGAGUUUAUAAUUGUAGCAUCGAGUACAAUUCCAGCACUCUUAAUUUAAACGUUUCAUUCACUGUGUACAUUGAUGAUAAUCCAGCUGAAGAAUACAUAUUAUACAAGAUUGAUUUGAGAGAUUACUUACCAGGGUCAGUUAUUUUUGGCUUCUCUGCUGCAACAGGAAUAUUUUAUGAAGUGCAUACUCUGGAGUCAUGGUCAUUCAGUUCAAGUCUACAAAGUGAUGAGGAUAUCACAAAUCAGAUAACACCAAUAGCAGCCCCACCACGCCUCAAUGCUAUUUCUAAAAAAGGAAAGAAGAUAGGAUUGUGGGUGGGGCUUGGAAUUGGUAUAGGCUUGGCUGUGAGUUUGUCAGGGAUGGUUUGUGGUUUAUUAUGGAAGAGGAGUAAAGGGAAAGAAGAGUUAGUUUUUGAUCUUAACAUGGAUGACGAAUUCCAGAAGGGAACUGGACCUAAGAGGUUUUCCUAUAAUGAACUAGUUAGUGCAACAAACAAAUUUGCAGAGUCAGACAAGCUGGGGCAAGGUGGUUUUGGUUGUGUGUAUAAAGGUUAUUUGAAAGACUUAAACUCCUAUGUUGCUAUCAAGAGGAUAUCAAGAGAGUCUACACAGGGGAUAAAGGAAUAUGCAACUGAAGUGAAGGUCAUAAGCCAAUUGAGACAUAGAAAUCUAGUACAACUUGUUGGUUGGUGCCACAGGAAGAAUGAUUUCCUCCUCAUGUAUGAGUUCAUGCCAAAUGGAAGCUUAGAUUCCCAUCUAUACGGUGGGAAAAGCUUCUUGACAUGGACAGUGAGGUAUAAUAUAGCUCUAGGCUUGGCUUCAGCAUUGCUUUACCUACAAGAAGAAUGGGAGCAAUGUGUGAUUCACAGGGACAUUAAACCAAGCAACAUUAUGUUGGAUUCAUGUUUCAAUGCUAAGCUUGGUGAUUUUGGUUUAGCUAGGUUGGUGGAUCAUGAGAAAGGAUCACAAACCACACUUAUAGCCGGGACUAGGGGCUAUAUUGCCCCUGAAUAUUUCACUUCAGGAAAGGCUACAAAGGAAUCUGAUAUAUACAGUUUUGGGGUUGUGUUAUUGGAGAUUGCAUGUGGAAGGAAACCCAUUGACCUAGCAGCCAAUGAGGGUCAAAUAACUGUAGUUGAGUGGGUUUGGGAGCUUUAUGGAUUGGGAAAGUUCCUCGAAGCAGCUGACACUAAGUUAUGUGGAGCAUUUGAUGAGCAACAAAUGGAACGUUUAGUGGUUGUUGGCCUUUGGUGUGUUCAUCCAGAUUAUUCAUCAAGGCCUUCUAUAAGUCAAGUGAUUCAGGUGCUUAAAUUUGAAUCUCCUUUACCAAUUCUCCCAGAAAACAUGCCUGUGCCAACCUAUCUUCCUCCAACAAUAAGAGCACUUUUUUCUUCUGUUUCAUCUUUCCCUUUUAUAAAGUUUGUAAUAGAUGCAGUGUAA